UUUUCUUUUUUACUCUUCUGUAGCCUGUGCAGAAGCUGGUUGAUGAUGAAUUUCAAGGAAUUAUUCAUUUGCGCACUUCUUCACUCCAUAAGAAAAUUGCGAACGCUCGCCAUGAUUUUAUCAAACUUUCAGGUUCAGAAAAUAAGCUGGAAGCCUUGUUGCAGGUUCUUGAGCCAAGUUUAGCAAAAGGAAACAGAGUGAUGGUUUUCUGUAACACGUUAAAUUCUAGUCGAGCUGUGGAUCACUUUUUAAGUGAAAACCAAAUCCUUACUGUCAAUUAUCAUGGAGAGGUGCCAGCUGAACAAAGGGUUGAGAACCUGGAAAAAUUUAAGAGUAAUGAAGGAGACUGCCCCACUUUAGUCUGUACGGACUUGGCUGCAAGGGGUUUGGACUUAGAUGUUGACCAUGUUAUCAUGUUUGACUUUCCUUCAAACUCUAUUGAUUACCUUCAUCGCACUGGAAGAACCGCUCGUAUGGGUGCAAAAGGGAAGGUGACAAGUUUGGUUGCUAGAAAAAACACGAACUUGGCCGCCCUCAUCGAAGAGGCUCUAAUGAAGAACGAGAGCUUGGAAUCAAUCUCCGUGGAUAGUAUCAAAAGGGAUCUUGCUAGGUCCCACAUAAGCGAGCAAAAGGACAAAAACGAGAGGAUGGUUAAAGGUUCCAAUUCAAGAAACAAGCCUGCUACUAAAUCUGCUGCACCUACAAAAUCGUCAUAUGAACCCCGUGGCAAAUCAUCAUACGAACCCCGUGGCAAAUCAUCGUACGAACCCCGUGGCAGAUCAACAGUCUCCAAGAACAGAACCUCAGCAGCCAAAUCUGACAUAUCUGCCCCUUUUGUUCUCAAGUCUAAGAAGAAGGUUGUUAAAGAUUUCAAACCAUCCAAGCCUUAUGGCAGUAGCACCAAGAGUAAAACGGGACCCGCCCGAAAAUCCGAGGCUGUUAAAUCCACAUCGAAGCUAAGUGUUGUUGGAUUUAGGGGCCGUAGUGCAGUGAAGACUGGUUAA